UGGUCGGAAUGGUCGGAAUGGUCGCCCUGUUCCCGGACCUGCGACGGCGGCGCCGCUGUGCAGUCCCGCCGCUGUCUGCACUACGCCGGAUGUCGGGGAGACUCUGUCAGGUACCAACUAUGCAACCUCGAUCCCUGUCCCACCGGCAGCCGAGACUUCCGCGCUGUACAGUGCUCCGAGUACGACGGCCUUCCCCACGAGGGCAAUAUGUACGAGUGGGAGCCCGCCGAGGGGGAGGACCUCUGCGCUCUCACCUGCCGAGCCCGAGGCGGAGGACCUGUGGUGACCCUCAACCCCAGGGUGCAGGACGGCACCAGGUGCACCAAGGACUCUCUUGAUCUCUGCAUCAACGGCAGGUGCCAGAAAGUGGGCUGCGACCUGCGCCUCGGCUCAAAGAAAACGGUGGACGCGUGUGGUGUGUGCGGCGGAGACGGCAGCACCUGCAACAAGCCUUCCUACUACUGGGACAAAAGGCCCACCGGACCCUGCUCUGCUACUUGCGGAGGCGGGUACCAGAUGCUGUCGGGCGUGUGCGUGGAGCAGGGCACGGGGCGCAGGGUGGCCGAGGACCUGUGCGACCACGCUGCAAGACCCAUUCCCGUCAUCCUCAAUUGCAACGAUGACGCCUGCCCCACCAGCUGGCAGACGGGCGAGUGGGGCUCCUGCUCCGUGUCUUGCGGCUCGGGAUACCAGCUCCGCGAGGUGUACUGUGCCGAGCCCCGCAACACCUCGGUGGUCCGGGUCGCCGACCACUACUGCACCUCGCCCCGCCCCCCGCACCGGCAGCCCUGCAACACCCACGACUGCCCGCGCUGGUACGACGGCAUAUGGUCGCAGUGCUCGGCUACAUGUGGCGACGGAGUGCAAACGAGGGUAGUGCUCUGCAGGGACGCCCGUGGCCGUUCCUCGCGACACUGCGAUCCCGCCCACCGCCCAUCAAACACUCGCUCCUGUCGAACCGGCAUAACUUGCCCUCCGCCCACCACCCUUGCACACCCUAGGCACCAACCUUAUACACCCGCCUGGUGGACGGAAGAGCAGGACCUGGCGAGCGAGGAAGGCGUGGCCCCCCUGAUGCCCCGCCCGCAAGCUCUCACGGCCGACCAGCAGGUGCCCGCCGAGCCCACAUACAUUACCGGCAACUGGAGUGACUGCAGCGCCAAGUGUGGCGAAGGUGUAAGGACCCGCACAGUCACUUGCAAGAUCUUCCUGGAGUUCUCCCGCACUGUUGCCGUCCUGCCUGACGACCAGUGCCCAGGUGGCAAGCCAGCUCAGACCGAGCCAUGUGCAAUGCCUUGUUCACAUGCCAUGACCAGACACGACUACCCGGUUGGCGAAGUGAGUGACGCUGCACAAGAUCCUUCAAUUGCUAGUUUGGAAGAUGCCCACGAGGGUAUCAAUACCGCAGAUGACCACAUGGCCCAUGAGACCCCCUACCUUCCUAAACUGGUGGACGAAGAUGCCCCUUCAAGAACAAGCAAGACCGCCGGUCAUGAUUCGGAUAUCUCAGUUCCCCAGGCACAGGCAUACAACGAGCCCCGCCCAGGUCUUCACUCGUUUGAGACCCCCGGCGACACGCGACCCCCAAGUGACCCCCUGUUGCUGUAUGCCGGGGAAGCCAACGAGCGCGACCAGUUCGAAUCUUACGAAAUGACCCGCGAAAAACCUCAUCAUGUUGCUGAGCACUCGGAAAUGAAUUCCAUCGAGAUCGACAUGGGCGGAGGCGAGGGGAAUUUUCAGGGAUCGUAUCAUGUCUCGGAAAACUCCAACGCUGCCCAAAUCUACGAAUGGUUUUCUUCUGGUUUCACCCCGUGCAGUGCGUCUUGCCUUGGUGGAGUGCAAGAGUCUGUCAUACACUGUGUCCGAACCUUGGACAAAAAGAUCGUGUUGCCACAACUAUGUAAAAUGGAAGAGCGACCAGAUGUUAUUACUCGAACUUGCAACGAUCAGCCAUGCCCUCCAAGAUGGAACGUUUCAGAAUUUGGAGCCUGCAGUAAGCAGUGCGGAGGGGGGGUACAGACGAGAGAGGUGAAGUGUAUUCAUGAAGUAACACGAGGAGGACAAAACACCAUUGUAGUGCAAGACAGUCUUUGUCCACAACCUCCGCAACGGACCCAGCAGUACUGCAACAUCAUUGACUGUCAGCCUCAGUGGGUUCACUCUAGGUGGUCAAAGUGCUCUGCUCCAUGUGGGGGAGGCAUAAAGACCAGGGAGAUGAAGUGCCAGCAGACUAUGGCUCUGGGGUCUGUAGUAACCAGGUCAGAUUCGGAAUGUCCACAAAGAAAACCGCCAACACUAAGGAAAUGCAACAGACGGGCUUGCCAGGGAGAACGCGAUGACAAUGCCAGACCCAUCAUAUAUGCUCAGAAUUAUCAGAACUAUAACCAGAGCAAGUAUAUGAGGAAAGUUACUCUGAAGGUUGGAGGAAGGGCAAAGGUAUUCCGCGGGGUCAUGGUGAAGGUGAAGUGCCCUGUGCGGAGAUUUGAUCGCUCAAAGAUCACUUGGUGGUUUGACGAUUGCGAGAUUGGUCGCAGUGGUGCAACCAGAACCACCAAUAAAGGGGUUCUUAAGAUAAAAGAAGCACAAUAUCCAGAUGCUGGAGUUUACAUUUGCAAAGCGGACAGAUCAGAAGCAAACCUUACACUUGAGGUGGUACCAUUGCCAUCUAGUUACUCUCCAGUACCAGAGAGAGAACGUGGCAGUUUAGAAAAUGAAGUCAGUCUCCACACACAUGAAGAUACAGGUUUCGGCAGGCAUGACUAUGAUUGGCCAAGAAAUAAGUUCGGAAAGAAGAAAGGUCGCAAUGGACGAAGGCGCCAGAACUCUAGAGGCAACAGAAGAAGGAAAAAUAAGGCAAAAUCCUCACAUGCCACUGAAACCACACUCAGACCCAUUGAGCCUUUCCCGUCCAGCCCAGAGUCAGACACACUUGGAGAGGGACCCUUUAAGGCAUCAAGCAAGAACAUUCACACUGUGGAAGUAACAAGCGGUGAAGCAACAAAUAUCUUUGAUCUGAAUCGUUGGCGUGGUAAUGACAAUUCACGUAAGUCAGAUGACAAAUACGUGUAUGGCACCAUCACCCACCAUGCACACAAUGGCUGGGACAGAGAAAGAGAGUCCCCCUUUGGCAUUACCAAUCACCUGUCUGAAAGGAAGGAAACAUCCAGUGAAAGGCCUCAUGUUUAUGGCAAAAUCACCCAUCACAGUGAUGGCAGUCGCAUCACAAGUGAAGAGAGCCAUCACAUCUUUGGCACCGUACUGCAUGGGCCUCCAGACAAUGCCCUGAUAGAUGCAGACAGAACAGAAUGGCCAGGUUUUUCAUCUUCUACAGAGAUGUACUACAAUGGAAAGAAUAGGCAAUAUGAUGGGGAUGUGAACAAUGCCAUAGAGGAUGAUCUGACAGCCCUGGGGAAAAAGCUGAACCUUUCCCCAGAUGACUCUGACUCAGUGCAGCAGCACCGCCACCAAUCGUUAUCUCGGUCAGGUCAGCGUUCUGGAUCCAGAAAUGGUCACACCUCCUCAGGAUUAUGGCGAGGGCACUCUUCAGUGCCCUUGUCAGGUCACAGUGAAACUCUGGGGUCAGAUCAUAGUGAAAGCCAAUUGUCAGGUCAUGCAAGUUCUUCCCACUCACGGUUCUCCAGCACCGGCACAACCACCACCACUACCACCACCACCUCAAACAGUCCCUCCUCCUGGAAUUCUUGGGAAAACACCCCGGACCAGAACAUCCACUGGUCUGUUGAUGACCCCCCUAUCCCGCCCCCUGCUCCUCCCAACACCAGCUCCGGGGGUUCCCGCUCCAUGCCCUACUUCCAGAAGCUCCUGUCCAACCUGGAGAGAAGUAUUGGGUCCCGAGGAGGACGGCACGUGUCUUCAGGUGAUGUGGAUGGGAUGAUGCCAUAUGAUAUUGCACAUGAUGCCACAACAACUGAGCAUCCAAUGGGUACUCCGGAAAUCCUUGGGAAAGGAACUAGGGAUUCUUUGGAGUUUGAGUGGCAGAUGACCAACUGGUCUGCUUGUUCACAGACAUGUGGAUUUUCCAGCACUUCAACUGGAUAUCAGGUCCGCUCAAUCCAGUGUUUGGUGCGUGUUGACAAUGUUAGUCGAGCUGUGGAUGGAGCCUUGUGUGCAGAUGCUGGGUUAGAAGCUCCAGUCACUAUACAGAAAUGUGGAUUAACUGAAUGUCCACAUUGGAACUUUGAUGAAUGGUCACCCUGUGAAACAUCUCGAUGCUUCACACUUCAUUAUGCUUUCCAGCGGAGGGAUGUCGUUUGUCAGUUGCAUAAUGCUACAAUAGUAAGUAAUGAUCAGUGUGACCUUCGUACUAAACCACGUCACCGCAGAGAAUGCUACAACAAACAAUGCACUGGUGUAUGGAGGGUUGGAGAAUGGUCUGAGUGUACAGCACCAUGUGGUGGACAGGGAUAUCGAACUAGACUCCUGCAGUGUGUCUGGAAUGGCACAAAGAGAGCUGCUGGGAAUGCAUGUCGGGAGUUACCACGCCCUGAAGUAGUGCGCUGGUGUGAUGGCCCACCUUGCCCAGUCUCUAGUGAGGAAGACACCAAAGGUCGGAGGGAGUGUCGGGACAGAAGUAAAUACUGCAACAUUGUUAGGAGAAUGAACAUGUGCCGUGUUCCACACUAUCGUCAGCAGUGCUGUCGCUCCUGCCCUUAGCACACACCUCCAGAAUGCCACAGAAGAGAUGUGACCUCACCAUGUCACCUUCACAAGGGUACUAACACCACCUGCCAGUAUCAGUAGGCUGCUGAAAACAGAAACCUGCAGGGCUUCUACCAGAGUAUCAACUCUGCAUCUUACCAAUGAUUCCAGGGUAUCUGUGCUAUUCACUGGUUAUAGAAGUUUGGGGAUUCUUUAUUGUUAUUAGUACAGCUGCCUAGUGCUUGGUCUAUCCUCAAGACCAGACUCUAACAAUCUGAUUUCCAAGUUUAGAUCUUUUACAACCUGCUGCUGAUAAAAUGUCAUCAGAUUGGUGUACUAGUGCUAAUGUAUAACCUUGGUGCCGAAAGCAAUAAUAAUAAUGUAAAUGUUAUUGUAAACAUAAACCAAAAUUCACUGUUAUUUCUUUUGUCAACAUAGUGAACAAGAUUGUGGUUAUAGUACUGUAUCCAGUACUGUACAUGCUGAAGUCAGAAUAUCUUUAUUCAGAUUUUAUAUACAAACUAGAGACAUUUUACAAAUCCCUCUCCAUUACAGUUAAUGAUAUUCCAGCAUUUAUUUUGAGCUGUGUGAUCUGCUAAUAAAGUUCCAGUGUUAGUGAAUGUAUAUUCCAAGAAAGAAAGAAACUUACAAAAAAAAUUGGUUGAGCUGAUGCAGUGAAGAAUUGUUGCCAUCAGACUGAGAAAUGGAAAUGAACUCUAAUGCAGUGGCAAACUCUAUUACCAUCGGCUGGAAAAAACAGUAUGUGUUCUUGAAGGUUCCUAAAUAUCAGUUUGAAAGAAAUAUUAGCUGUGUGUGCAAAAUGAUGGCUGGAAACCAGGAUGAAAUGUGUUUGUUUAUGCAGCUCCUCUCUAUUGAACAAGAGUUUGAAGGAGGAAGACAAUAAUGCCAUCAGAAUCUGUUCCAGCUAAGGACAUGAAGCAGAAAAUUCAUGUAACCAUAGCUUUAUAGACUGAUUUAGCUGUUUAUAAGAGCUUCGAGUUAGGAUUAGAAAUGGUGUUUUUCAAUUGUUUAAAAGGCAUAACUGAUUAGCACAGAGUGUCAAGAUGAAAUCAAUGAAUUGCAAAAUUUGGUAUUGUUUUUCAUAGUAUCAACAGGAUAGUCAGGUGUGUAUAUACAUAUACAACACAUAUAUACAUAUACAUGCAAGCACGCAAACACACACACACACACACACACACACACACACACACACACACACACACA